AUGGUCGCCGAACAACACAAAACGGGUCCAUUGUCGGACCCACCUCAAAACCAAGCCGCGAUUAACGCGCAGACUCAAUACACCGCGGAGACGGCGAUUCCGGUUCGCCCCCAGUCUCCCUGCGUUUCGUUAGGGGGCUCUCCGUCACCGGAGUUACCUCCACUCCCCACUUCGGAUGCCGAAGGAGGAGAUGGAUUGGACGAGGAGCCUAUGGAGCAAGAUGGGGAAGGUGAGUACCUCGCCCAGGUUGUAGCACAACCCGCUCCGUAUCCUGAAGGAUACGCCCCUCUCCCCAAUCUCGUAGCACCUCCUAUGUCAAGGGAGAACUCUGCCCCCGAGCCUAACGGCUCUCUAUCCGCCAAUCCGGUCUCGGAACCUGACGGUUCCGAGAUAAUUCCAAUUACUUCGCCGGACGGCGCGUCCGACAACGUCUUCGGUGUCUGGGAGUUCCUCCCGGACACCCUUUCUAUCUGUCACCGCCCUGGCGUAUGCCCCGAUAACUGCGACGUUCAUCGCGAUCACCUCCGCGACGUCCACGCGUCCCGCCCUCACCCCCACGAUUAUGCCGCAGCGCUCAACGCUCGCUAUCGACACAUCGUCGCCGAGCUCCAUCCCGAUGCUGAGCGACUCGCUACCGAGCGCGUUACCGCGCGGGAAACCGCGUUGCGCGCUGAGUUUGAGGUAACCCUCCGUGAUGCCCUCACCCGUCAGGCCUCUGAGUGGCGACAGGAGAGAGAUCGCGCUAACGCGCGCGUUGCGGACGCUGAGCAUAAGUUCCACGAAGCACGCGAGGAGGCGACGCGUGACGUGUCCCGUUGGUCGACGAGGGCGGCUGAUAUGACGAACAACAACAAGAAGUUGCAUGAGGACCUCGACGUUAGUGAGCGGAAGGUUAGGGAAUUCCGCCGCAACCUCGACGAGGCGCACAGACAGAUACGGGGUACCCGUGAGGAGCUCGAGAAUGAGAUCGCGCGUAACUCCUCCCUCAAUACGGAGGUUAACGACAGACUGUCCGAAAUUGCUGGGCUCAUGGAUGACCAGCAGCGGCUCAAGGACGACGUAGAGUAUUACCGUCGUCAGAGCAACCCCCAGGAGCGCGAUAUCGAUUCGGCCGAGGAGGAUGCGAUCAGUGACACAUCCUCCGACGCUGCGCGAAAGCGCAAGAACGCUCAAGUCACCAAGAGUUUCCGCGAUGCAGCUCGUCGUCAGAAGGAGCAGGCGAGAGCCUCCUCCAACUCUUUUGGUGCACUCGAUAUCACGACAAGGGACCCUUCGUCGUCGAUGAAGAAGAGAUUGAGGAAGAAUAAGGGGGAUAAGCGAAAGCGCCCCGAGUCUAUGGAGAGGACUUUGGGGCCCGACUCAAACUUUGAUAUCUGUGCAGUGUUGACGGAGCUAGAGGCGUGGAUUAUGAUGGACGCCUAUAGACGAUUCCAGAAUGCUAGUGCCCGCGCGCGUCUCAACAGUGUCUUAUUUACGUUCCAGGAUACCCUGGAUAUGAGCAAUACCGCGUCCGCCAACCGGUUCAUAGUGGAACAUUGGCCUCGACUUCGCGAUGAGGGCUUUAUGCCCGUUCGACCGUCAUCUUCCUCCCCUACUUCCGCUCGUCAACCUCCUGAGAAGCGCGCUCGUACUGCCGACGAGUCUUCGUCACAGACCGGCCCAUCGCAACCUCCACUCCCGCCUCCUUCUCAACCCCCACCUCCGGCUGGGCCAUCUCGACCACGGUAUCUGGGAGGCAGGGGUGACAUCCAUCCUCUCGCCCUACAGCGUACACUUCCCUCCAACCGCUUCUUCAGCGAUCGGGGCCAGAACGCUAGACCUCUCGGACGGCCUGAGGAGCCUCGCAUGGGCGGAUGGGGGCCUCCCCAACGUUUCGAAAAUCCACGAGGUGCUCGUGGUGGUUAUGCCCCGCCGUCUGGACGUGGAGGUUAUCGGGGGCGAACUUAUGAUGGCUAUGCAGUUGGUCCCUCGUUUUACAACGAGACGUUUGGACCUAGUGGAGCAUGGGAGGACCUCCCGUCCGGUAACGAAGAAUACGGGCAGAACAUGCCCUUCAUGGGCCAAUUUGCAGACCGUCGGGAGCGUCGCCGCCCCCGGCGUGGAAUCUCCGCGCCCAAUACCUACGAUAACCCGGACGAGUGGGAGCAAUUCUAUAUUGCAUCGGGUCAACCCCUCCCCCUCGGCGUCAGCACGGAUUCCAACGGUCGCCCGUUGCGCCAUCAUAUGCUAAUGCAUUUGAUGAUUCACCAUAUUGGGCCUGACCGCGAGGAAUACCCGCCCGGGCGAGUUGGGCGAGAAAUGUGGCGCCCCGAGCUGGGUCGUUUCACCCAGGAGGCUGUCGGCAUUUUGUCAGUCCCCGGUUUGUUGGAGCUCACCUGGGAGGAAUUCCGCAUGAGCGAGUUCCUCUACGAAGGCACCCGUCGCCCUCAUUUUCCCCCCAACACUUCCAUCAAUCGCGAGACGGUCGCCCGUCAGCUUCGUCGCGCUGUUCGAGGAUCCAGCGAGAUCGCAGACUUGGAAGCCUGGGCUCGUCGCCGUCGAAACCUGAUGGCUGGCCGGAGCGAAGAUGAUAUGUCGCCCUGGCCAACCGAUAGCCAGCCCAUCCAGUACAACGAGCAGUUGUUAUCUCAAGUACUCACCAGGCUCGGUCGCGCUCAGUCCUCCUCUUCGUCUGCUUCGGCAUCUGGGCCGUCCACUCAGCGUCGGUCGCCCACUCCACGCCCGGAUAACGACGAGGACAUGCAGCCUUGAUUUCGGUGGACCAGGGCCUGGUCCAGUGGGGGAGGAUGUAAGGCGACAGCCUUAUACCUUAGCGGUACCGGCGGGCGUUCCCGGGAUAAGAUAAGAUGGGUGUGCUGGAAAGCGCAUCCAUCUAUCUUGUCUGACGUAAUACUGUAUAGUUGUGGCUGAUGCGCGGGGGCUGGUGUUGGACCAUCGAGCGUUCGGAGUAGUUAGCUUUAUCUUGUACACCUUUAC